AUAAUGAUCAGACAGGUUUUAGCACGAUUUUAAAGAAACGGUUGCACUUGGAUUAGAAAGAGCGCGUCUGUCUGAUUGAAUAGUUAAACGCGUAAGCACAUAGGCAAUGGCGCCGUCUUUUACAGUUUUCGUGUUGAUAUGUGUAUUUUUACUUGAAGUAACAGUACAUGUAGCGGACGGCACAAUAUCUUGCUACGCAUGUCUGGGCUGUAACGAUGAGUUCGAUUCCUCAGAUGUCGUACAGGAGCCUGACUGUGUGUCGUGUAGAAAAGAGAAAAAAUGGGGAUCUUUGUACAGACACACAAUCAUACGAACGUGCGAAAAGACAUAUAUCGACUCCGGGGUUGGAUGCACGGACGAAAUGAAAGGAUUAAGCAACGUGAUCUGCUAUUGUGAUACUGACCUUUGCAACGGCGGUCAACAGCAACGACAGAGUUGGGGCUUUCUGGUCAGUGCUGCUGCUGGCGUAGGCAUUGUUGUAAGGAGAAUCGUCGGUAUCUAGAACAAGGCACAUGGAUGUGUCGUUAAAAAGUUAUACAUAGUUUGUGUCUAUCUGGAUGCUGUACAUUAUUGUAUAUAAGUUAUGAGGAGCCACAAACUUAUUACUUUGUCAUUUUGAUGCAGUGAUGAACGCUGCUAUAUGUGUAUCACACUUCUUCGUCAAAUUUGUGUCCUUUAACUAUGUGUUUCUAUACCCCACAUAUAUACAAUAUAGAAUAGUCAAAUUUGUGUGCUUUAACUAUAUGUUUCUAUACCCCACAUAAAUACAAUAUAGAUUUGUCAAAUUUGUGUGCUUUAACUAUAUGUUUCUAUACCCCACAUAUAUACAAUAUAGAUUUGUCAAAUUUGUGUCCUUUAACUAUAUGUUUCUAUACCCCACAUAUAUACAAUAUAGAUUUGUCAAAUUUGUGUCCUUUAACUAUAUGUUUCUAUACCUCACAUAUAUACAAUAUAGAUUUGUCAAAUUUGUGUCCUUUAACUAUAUGUUUCUAUACCUCACAUAUAUACAAUAUAGAUUUGUCAAAUUUGUGUCCUUUAACUAUAUGUUUCUACACCCCACAUAUAUACAAUAUAGAAUAGUCAAAUUUGUGUGCUUUAACUAUAUGUUUCUAUACCCCACAUAUAUACAAUAUAGAAUAGUCAAAUUUGUGUGCUUUAACUAUAUGUUUCUAUACCCCACAUAUAUACAAUAUAGAUUUGUCAAAUAUAACCAUAGUUGUCAAUCUGUUAUAAAUGUUUUAGGUUUACCUUAAGUUCAAUUAAACAAGACAUAUUUUCUUAUAAAAUCUUGGUUGUUUUAAUGUGUUAAAUGUUUUUGGUGUGAUUUUAAUAAACCAUCGUUUAGUUGACGAUUUUCUUGA